UUACAUUUUUCUGUCUGCUUACCCGCUGCUACGGAACCACGCAGUCACGACAUUUUGAAACAUUUUUGAAAUAUCACACGCACUCGGGACGGACGGACUUUAGAGACAACGGAUUAACUUUUCAUGUGAGCCUGUCAAGUUUCCGGGAACAUUGUCGAUGACAAAUUACUUAUUAAGACCGCAAUAAAAAUAUUGUCUAGGGCUCGGGCGAUUCAUUUCGAUCGCGAAUCGUAUGACGGAAUGGCGACGACGAAGCUGCUCGCGUUUUUCGCCCUCCUGAAAUGGUGCUCGGCACUAGAAUACGGCGAAGUGCAAAUCAACCCCAAUGUCGUCGCUUCUUCCUAUAUGUGCGGCAACCUAACGUCGAUCUCGAACAUAUCUCUCGCAUGCAGAAGUCAACUGGACGUACUCUGCGGCGACCCAGACUUAACCCUCCGACUGGCGGACGCGUGGUCGUCCUUCCCUUACACGGGAAUGCUAGUUAGCACUAGGAUCGAGCUUGGCACAUAUGACGAAUGCAUCGGCGUCGAUGCCGACCAAAAUGGCGUUAGGGUAUUGGGCAAACACUGCGCAGCAGGAAUACUGCUACCGACCACGACAGAUCCUGGGGAUUUCGUAGAUAAGGCGUUCAAACUGUCGUACUGCGUCCCAGAUCAGUGCACAGUGCGUGACGUGGGACGGAUGUUGCCCUUUAUUCCAGAGGAACUAAUCAACGACCAGUACUGCAGGACCAAGGAUAGCAACAAAGACUGGACUGCUAGUUCGAUCGUGAUUUUAACUGCAUUUUGCAUCGUCGCAGCCGUCAUGGUGGCCUCCACUGCGUACGACAUCGCCCUCUACGCCAAAGACACGAAAAACAAGUACCCGGCACUGACUGCAUUUUCCGUAUUCACAAACGGACGAAAGUUGUUCCACACCAGCAGCAUGGCGUCCAAAGAGCAGAUCCACUGCUUCCACGGACUGAAAUUUAUCAGCAUGAUGUGGAUAGUGGCAGGACAUGCUGCGGUCGGAUGGGAUAGCCUGCCGAUGGUCAAUGACGCGAGAGUCAAAGGGUGGCUAACGGAGAGGUACACGGUCUACCUGGCAACCGCGCACCUGGGGGUCGACACGUUCUUCUACAUAUCCGGAUUUCUGCUCGCCUACCAAUACUUCAAAAAGGAAGCUCAGAAACCGGCAUCGGUCCAAAUAAAAUCGCUGCCCUCCCUUAUUUUACACCGGUACCUCAGGCUGACACCGAGCUUGCUGAUGCUCUAUCUCUACUUCAUAGGGCUUGCUGGGUUCGUAUCUGACGGACCCCUUUACCAAACGAUAACCGCCAGCCUCAGGCAACCUUGCCUCGACAACUGGUACGCAGUAUUCCUUUACAUCCAGAAUUACCACAACCCAAGGUCUCUAUGCAUGACCAGUUUGUGGUACCUUUCCGCGGACAUGCAGCUCUUCCUGGUGGCGCCGCUAGUGAUGAUUCCGAUUGCGAUACAGUUAAAGAGGAGCUUCAAACUGGCGAUGAUCGAACUACUCGUUCUGAACCUGCUUUUUGCGGCGUUGCCGAUUUUCACCAAGCUGGCGUUCAGCAAUUUUGAUCCUAAUUUCGACGAAUUUGAUGCCCAUUCGAGGCUGACCGACUAUUUCCUCGGUUUUAUGUUCGGAUUUUACGUUCGGCAGCAGAGAGACCGACCGUAUCCAUUCAGUGGGAUUGUCACCGUCUUGCUUUGGGCCCUGUGCCUCGUGGGAAUGUUCGGUACGAUGCUGGUCCUCCACGAGAUUAACAUCUACCACGAUUACACAGCCAAGGCGCUCUGCUAUAGUCUCAUGAGGCCCGUAUGGUGCAUGGGCCUCUCGUGGAUCGUCUACGCGUGUAUCCACGAAAAAGGAGGGGCAAUCAGCUCGAUCCUAUCCAACAGCGUGACUCAGGUGGGAGGAAAACUCACUUACUCCAUCUACCUGACCCACGGCAACAUCAUCUACUUGUGGGUGAUGUCGACGAGGACGAGUCGCUACUUCAGUGACCUCGAAAUGUUUUACGCAUUCUGCGGCAUAUUCGCCACGUCUUGCGUGGUCGCCCUCGUCUGGAGCUUGGCAUUCGAGUCGCCGAUCAUUAUACUGACCAAGAUGCUGACCGGGGGUGCGGGUAAAAGGGUUCCGACGGUUGCCGCGUACCAGAAACACCCUGAGAAGUACAUCCCACGCGGGGAGUAAAAAAAUCUUCGCAAAAUCGCGUCGCAGAAUCUCGCGUACCAAUAAAGACGUUUGGACACUU